AUGUCGUCAGUUGUACCUGAUAAUGAAUUAAAAUCACAAAAUGAACGAACCGUAGCUGAUGGUGAUAUUUCAAGCGAACCUUCGGCAAAAAGACAACUGACUUUUCGAACAUAUAAAAAUUUGUUCGUUAUUUCUAUGGCUUUUCUUCUUCAAUUUACUGCAUUUCAAGCUAUGAGUAAUUUACAAAGUUCGUUAAAUACCGAAGCCAAUGUUGGUGUUAAUUCUUUAUCAAUUAUCUAUGCGUUUCUUAUUAUUUCAUCUAUUUUUUUACCACAUCCAUUAAUAGCUUUACUCGGUCUAAAAUGGACCAUUGUCGUGUCUCAAAUUCCGUAUCUGUUAUAUCUAGCAGCAAAUUGUUAUCCAAAAGCAUAUCUUAUGUAUCCGACUGCUGCCCUUGUUGGUUUAGCUGCUGCACCAUUAUGGACUUCAAAAUGUAGUUAUUUAACUGAUACUGGUGCAAUCUAUGCUGAAAGUAAACUUGUUCAUAAAAAUGUUAUUGUCAAUAGAUUUUUUGCACAAGUAUGGGGAAAUUUAAUAUCAUAUGUCGUACUUAAACCUAUGGAAAUAAAGACUAAUGGAACAAUAACAAAUUUAACAGAAAAAUAUAAUAAAUGUGGAGCAGAUUUUAGUGAACAAGAAUAUAAAGGUGCUCAUGUUACUAAUCAAAUUGAUCGAAAAACAAUUCAAAUUCUUUGUAUUGUCUAUGUUUGUAUAUGUAUUUGUUCAAUAUUAAUAAUAAUAAGUUUUCUUAAUCAACGACGAAAAGCAUCAAAAGAUAACAUUUCUCUUAUGUUUCGUCAUUCUGUUACAUUACUUGUUUCAACAGUUAAACAUAUGCGUCAUGUUAAACAAUUAUUGCUUAUUCCAUUAACUAUUUGGUCAGGUUUAGAACAAUCAUUUCUAGGAGCACAAUUUACAUUAGGUUUUGUGUCAUGUACAUUGAAUGCAAAAUAUGUUGGUUUGAUUUUAAUUGCAUAUGGUAUUUGUGAUUCUAUAGGUAGUUUUUGUUUUGGUCAAUUAGUAAAAUUUGUUGGUCGUUGGCCAUGUUUUGUUAUUGCUGCUAUGAUAAAUUAUUCUUUAAUAAUAACAAUGUUUAUUUGGAAACCAACAGAUAGUCAAAUAGUUGUUUUAUUUGUUUUAGCUGGUCUAUGGGGUGCAGCUGAUGCUGUAUGGCAAACACAAAUAAAUUCAUUUUAUGGUGUUUUAUUUACUGAUAAAGAUGAAGCUGCGUUUUCAAAUUAUCGUCUUUGGGAAUCAAGUGGUUUUGUAUUAUUUUACAUAAUAACACCAUAUAUUCGUAUAAGAAUAGGAUUAAUUAUUUUAUUAAUAUUUUUAACAUUAGGUAUGACUGGUUAUGGUGCAACGGAAUAUCUACUAAUAAAGAAAAAAAUGAAGGUGGCUGAUGAACCCCGCCCUAAUUAA